CGGGCGCUGGCGAACAUGGCGGCGGCCUCCGCGUCUACGCUGGGCGGCGGCGUAGGCCCCGGCCCAGAGGCCUGAGACUUCCUGGCCCGCUACCGGCAGGUGUCCAGCAAGCUUAAGAAGCGCUUCCUACGGAAGCCUAACGUGGCUGAGGCCGGAGAACAGUUCGCUCAGCUGGGCCGCGAGCUGCGCGCCCAGGAGUGCCUGCCCUACGCCGCCUGGUGCCAGCUGGCCGUGGCGCGCUGCCAGCAGGCGCUCUUCCACGGGCCCGGGGAGGCGCUGGCCCUGACCGAAGCCGCGCGCCUCUUCCUGAGGCAGGAGUGCGAUGCGCGGCAGCGCCUGGGCUGCCCCGCCGCCUACGGCGAGCCUCUGCAGGCGGCCGCCAGCUCCCUGAGCGCCGCCGUGCGUCUGCACCUGGAGCUGGGCCAGCCGGCCGCCGCCGCCGCCCUGUGCCUGGAGCUGGCCGGGGCCCUCCCCGCACCGGGGCCUCAGCAGCCUGGGCCCGGAGCCGGCGGGGCCCCGCCCCUGGGCGCCAUGCUGCCGCCGGACCACGCCCUGGGCUCUGCCGCGCCCUCGCCGGGCGUGCUGGGCGCCUUCUCCGACGUGCUGGUCAGGUGCGAGGUGUCCCGUGUGCUGCUGCUACUGCUGCUGCAGCCCCCGCCCGCCAAGCUGCUGCCCGAGCAUGCCCGUACCCUGGAGAAGUACUCCUGGGAGGCUUUCGCAGGCCAUGGCCAGGACAGCACCAGCCAGCUUCCCGAAGAGCUGUUUUUGCUCCUUCAGUCCUUGGUCAUGGCUGCCCACGAAAAGGACACGGACGCCAUCAAGAUGCUGCAGGUGGAGAUGUGGCCGCUGUUGACUGCGGAGCAGAACCACCUCCUUCACCUUGUUCUGCAAGAAACCGUCUCCCCUUCGGGACAGGGAGUCUGAAUUCACCUGAACAGUCUUUUCUCCUGUUGCAUUUACCUUUGGGGACAGAAGAUGAAAGACAUCCUGGUUCUGCCUUUUCUCACGUUUCUUGUUGCCGCUGUGUCAAUUUAGCUCUCUGUGCCUUGCUUGUCACUUAAAGUAGUGCUCUCCUGGUCCAUUCAUGUUGCUUCAAACGACAAAACUUCAUUCUUAAGACUGAAUCGGUCUUCACUGGGUAAUAAUACAUUUUCUUUAUUAAUUUGUUUGUCGCAUACUCUGCUGGUUCAUUCUCUUGGCUGUUGGAAAUAAUGUUGCAAUAAACAUGGGAAGACAGA